UCUCCCAGGGCUCGCAAUGUGCAGUUGAGCCUCGCGUGGGGCAGAGCUGCGCACCGCACGGGCGUCCCGGGUUCCCAGGCUCACACUGAUCCCGAUGUCACUGUCUUCUUCGACUAGCGUCCAGCUCCUCACAUGGGACCACGGGAGAGUUCUUCCUAAGAAAGGCUGUGGCUUCCUGCUCAUCCGCAUGCCAGAAGCGCUUGUAGAGAUUCAAAGUUGCAGCCGGCCACCGCCCUCUCUACCGCCCCACGCCCCUUCUCCCCACGCUUCCUAAAUCUACCCAGGCACAGCCCUCAGCUAACCUCCCCACCCCACCCCCCGGCUCUCUGUGUAAUGACCCUCCCAUCUAGGUACCCUGGCUCACUGAAGACUGCAGAUACACAGAUAAACGGAGGGAAGUAGGGGGUGGGGAAGAGGGAAGGGAGGAAAGAAGGAGGAGAGAAUGCCAGAAGGUCCCUGCCUCUGCCAAGAGUCCCAAUUAGAUGUGACCGUGUCAGCUUGGCCAAGGUGAAGAAAGUUGAAUCUAAGCCUAGGAAGUGGGCUUGCCUGCAAAGAGCAAGAGGAGGGAGGUUCGGCUUCCCUCCCUUCAACAGAAGACCACUGGGUCCCCCUUUCCACAACCUCCUCCCUCUCUUCUCCUCCACCCCUCCAUUUCCCCACUCCCCUUGCCUCAGAGGCCUGGAUGCUGUGCCACCACCCGGCAGUGGUCCAGCACGCAGCCGGGAGGGGGCGGGGGCAGGGGCCACUGUGACAGGAAGCCUUGCGCACAAAUUGACCAUUUCGGUGGCAAAAUAAGUUCUCUUUUGGAUUUGGAAAGGACAAAGGCAGCAAACUACCUCUUUUGUGUCGGAUGAAGAGGACCAACCAUGAGCAAGAGGCAGGGUGCAGGCUCACCGCUGCCCCUUCCACCGCGGUCAGCUCCAGUUCCAGCCAGGAGUUGUCGGUGCGAGGGAUUCGGUGAGAGAGACUGUUAGUCUGAUCCUCCCUCAUUUGAAGGACAGAUCAAAUAUCCAGAUUGGAAAUGAGAGUGGAAGAUUAGCAGGCAGCAUUGUCUCCAUCCAUUGUGAUCUCCCACAGUUACAGAAGCAGGAUUCAUGAAGAUGUUGGCAAGACUUCAAGUUCUUACCCUAGCAUUGUUUUCAAAGGGAUUCUUACUCUCCUUAGGGGACCAUAACUUUCUGAGGAGAGAGAUUAAAAUAGAAGGUGACCUUGUUUUAGGGGGCCUAUUUCCUAUUAAUGAAAAAGGCACUGGAACUGAAGAGUGCGGGCGAAUCAAUGAAGACAGAGGGAUCCAACGACUGGAGGCCAUGUUGUUUGCUAUUGAUGAAAUCAACAAAGACAAUUAUUUGUUACCUGGAGUGAAGUUGGGUGUUCAUAUUUUGGAUACAUGUUCGAGGGAUACCUAUGCAUUAGAACAAUCACUGGAAUUUGUCAGGGCAUCUUUGACUAAAGUGGAUGAAGCUGAGUAUAUGUGUCCUGAUGGAUCCUAUGCCAUUCAAGAAAACAUCCCAUUGCUCAUUGCAGGAGUCAUUGGAGGCUCCUACAGCAGUGUUUCCAUACAGGUGGCGAACUUGCUGAGACUCUUCCAGAUCCCUCAGAUAAGCUACGCCUCCACCAGUGCCAAACUCAGUGACAAGACACGCUACGAUUACUUUGCCAGAACCGUGCCCCCUGACUUCUACCAGGCCAAAGCCAUGGCUGAGAUCUUGCGCUUCUUCAACUGGACCUACGUGUCCACCGUGGCCUCGGAGGGUGACUACGGGGAGACAGGGAUCGAGGCCUUCGAGCAGGAAGCCCGGUUGCGCAACAUCUGCAUCGCCACGGCCGAGAAGGUGGGCCGCUCCAACAUCCGCAAGUCCUACGACAGCGUGAUCCGCGAGCUGCUGCAGAAGCCCAGCGCGCGCGUCGUGGUCCUGUUCAUGCGCAGCGACGAUUCGCGCGAGCUCAUCGCCGCCGCCAGCCGGGCCAACGCCUCGUUCACCUGGGUGGCCAGCGACGGCUGGGGCGCGCAGGAGAGCAUCGUCAAGGGCAGCGAGCACGUAGCCUACGGCGCCAUCACCCUGGAGCUGGCCUCACACCCCGUGCGCCAGUUCGACCGCUACUUUCAGAGCCUCAAUCCCUACAACAACCACCGCAACCCCUGGUUCCGAGACUUUUGGGAGCAGAAGUUCCAGUGCAGCCUCCAGAACAAGAGAAACCACAGGCGGCUUUGCGACAAGCACCUGGCCAUUGACAGCAGCAACUAUGAGCAGGAAUCCAAAAUCAUGUUCGUGGUGAACGCGGUCUAUGCCAUGGCGCAUGCGCUGCACAAGAUGCAGCGCACCCUUUGUCCCAACACCACCAAGCUCUGCGAUGCCAUGAAGAUACUGGACGGAAAGAAGUUGUAUAAGGAGUAUCUGCUGAAAAUCAACUUUACGGCUCCAUUCAACCCAAAUAAAGGAGCAGACAGCAUCGUGAAGUUUGACACUUUUGGAGAUGGGAUGGGACAAUACAACGUGUUCAAUUUCCAGUACAUGGGUGGAAAGUAUUCCUACUUGAAGGUUGGCCACUGGGCAGAAACUUUAUCUCUAGAUGUGGGCUCUAUCCACUGGUCUCGGAACUCAGUCCCCAUUUCCCAGUGCAGUGACCCUUGUGCUCCUAAUGAAAUGAAAAAUAUGCAGCCAGGGGAUGUGUGCUGCUGGAUCUGCAUCCCCUGUGAGCCCUAUGAGUAUCUGGCUGAUGAGUUCACCUGUAUGGACUGUGGGCCUGGCCAGUGGCCCACUGCAGACCUAUCUGGAUGCUUUGACCUUCCGGAGGACUACAUCAAAUGGGAAGACGCCUGGGCCAUUGGCCCUGUCACCAUUGCCUGCCUGGGUUUCAUGUGUACAUGCAUGGUUUUAACAGUUUUUAUAAAGCACAACAACACACCCUUAGUCAAAGCAUCAGGCCGGGAACUCUGUUACAUCUUGUUGUUUGGAGUUGGCCUGUCCUACUGCAUGACAUUCUUCUUCAUUGCUAAGCCAUCACCGGUGAUCUGUACCUUGCGCCGGCUUGGGCUAGGGACCUCCUUUGCUGUCUGUUAUUCAGCCCUGCUGACCAAGACAAACUGUAUCGCUCGCAUCUUCGAUGGAGUCAAGAAUGGAGCUCAGAGGCCAAAAUUCAUCAGUCCCAGUUCUCAGGUUUUCAUCUGCCUGGGUCUGAUAAUGGUGCAAAUUGUGAUGGUGUCUGUAUGGCUGAUCCUGGAGGCUCCAGGUACCAGGAGGUACACCCUUCCAGAGAAACGGGAAACGGUCAUCCUAAAGUGUAAUGUCAGAGAUUCCAGCAUGUUGAUCUCUCUUACCUACGAUGUGAUCCUGGUGAUCUUAUGCACUGUGUAUGCCUUCAAAACAAGGAAGUGCCCAGAAAAUUUCAACGAAGCCAAGUUCAUUGGGUUUACCAUGUACACCACCUGCAUCAUCUGGUUGGCAUUCCUCCCUAUAUUUUAUGUGACGUCCAGUGACUACAGAGUACAGACGACAACUAUGUGCAUCUCUGUUAGCCUCAGUGGCUUUGUGGUCUUGGGUUGUUUGUUUGCACCCAAGGUACACAUUGUCCUGUUCCAACCACAGAAGAACGUGGUCACACACAGACUGCACCUCAACAGGUUCAGUGUCAGUGGAACAGCGACCACAUAUUCUCAGUCCUCUGCAAGCACGUACGUCCCCACGGUGUGCAACGGGAGGGAAGUCCUCGACUCCACCACCUCGUCUUUGUGAUUGUGUUUGCAGUUUAGUUCUCGUGUUUUUAGACUGUUAGACAAAAGUGUUUGUGUGCCACUCCAGAAUAUGGAAGCAGAGAAAUGAACAACCCUAGUACCUUUUUUUAGAAACAGUACAAUAAAUUAUUUUUGAGGACUGUACAGUAUGUAGUGAUGUGCUAGAACUUUCUAGGCUAAUUUUAGUGCCCCCAUUAUUAAUAAUUCCCUCCAAAAUGGAAAUAACCAUUGUUUACAGAGCUGAGCAUUGGUGACAGGGUCUGACAGGUCAGUCUACUAAAAAAAAAUAUGGUGGCAAUAUUAGGUAACUUUUUUUCUUAUGAAGCUUUUUGUAGGUCCUUGUAACUAAUUUAGGAUGAGUUUCUAUGUUGUAUAUUAAAAUUAUAUUAUGUGUAACAGAAUGUUUUCUCAGUACAAAUAAAAAAAGCAUCUGUAUUAAGGUAAAGAUAUUGGGAAUAAAACCUUCAAGGUUUUCCAGCA